UCAGGUGCGACUGAGCACAUGUCAAAUCGUCGCGAAUGGUUCUCGUCGUAUAAAAAACUUGACACAGAGAAAUUUAGAAAAUAUUAAGAUAGGCGAUGGAAAGUAUAUUCAAGCAAUUGGAUCAGGAGAUAUCGACAUUCUUGUUUUUAAUGAAAAAGACGGGUGCAGCUCUUGACAAGGGAUUACGACAAUACUCCCAUGAUAAAAUAUGCACAUUCAUGAAGAAUGGAAAUAUUGUUGCAGUAGGAGAAAGAAAAGAGACAUCACAAUGUCUAGAGGAUUUUUUCAAAAAGACUGAUAAGCAUUUAGAAAAAGGAAUCAAGAUCUUCAGAUCAGAUAAUGAUCUUGAGUUCAUCAAUAAAGAAAUUGAGGAACUAACACAUAACAAUAUCGCAUUACGCAUCAGAAAACAGUACCAUUUACUCCGGAACAGAAUGGUUGCGCUGAACGAGAAAACAGUACUGUAGUUGACUUAGCGAGAACGUCGUUACAUGCAGGAAAAUUGCCAAUCAAAAUAUGAACUGAAGCAGUUAAUUACACUGUUUACACUUUAAAUAAAACCGGAACCAGUG